CUUCCUUCCCCUCCCCCCCAAUCCAAGCAGCCGGGGGGAGGGAGCGAUCCCCAGUCUCCCCUAGCCCCCGGCAAGCAGGUGACAGUUGGUGGGACGGAGAGCGGUGUAGAUGGACUACCCCAGAGGACUGUGGGAGGCACGGAGGCGGCACCCCAAUCCUGCAACCCAAGAGGAGGACCAGGAGCCCCACAUGCUACAAGAUCUCACACGCCCCCAGGGGUCUCUGCCUAGCUCGGAGAGACGUGAGCGGCAGCGGGGCAGGGCUGACCUGCCCUGGGAGCCUGGCGUCCAGGCGCCAGUAACAUUCGAAGAGGUGGCCGUGUAUUUCACCGAGGAGGAGUGGCGUCUUCUGGAUGAAGGGCAGAGGCGGCUCUACAGGGAUGUCAUGCUGGAGAACUACACCAACGUCAGCUUCCUGGGGUUCCCGGUCCCCAAACUGGCCGUGAUCGCCCGGAUGGAGCGAGGGGAGGCGCCGUGCAUCCCGGAUCUCCAGGGCUCUGAGGGGAGGGAGAUCCCAGCAGGUGCCAGGACGGCGAGUGAGAAUCCUCGGCAGAGAGUGGAUCUGCGCGGCACAUUCCCCUGGACAUCCCAAGAGGACAUAUCCCAGAAUCCUUCGGGAACAGAUCAGUGCAGGGUGUUCCCACAGAGAUCCCAAGAGGACGUAUCCCAAAAUCCUUUAGGAGCGGAUCUGCACGGGCCGUUUUCAGGGCGAUCCAAAGAGGACAUAUCCCAGCAUCCCUUGAGAGGGGAUCCACACAGGCCGUCCUCUACCCUGCAGCCCAGAGGGGCCCGUCCAGGGGCAGGAGCGGGGGGCCGGCUGGGGCUGCCCGGGGCCUCCCGACGCGGGGAGCGGCCCACCAUCUGCGGCGAGUGUGGGAAGGGCUUCCUGCAAAACUCAGACCUGGUGAAGCACCUUCGCACGCACACGGGCGAGCGGCCCUACAAGUGCGCCCAGUGCGGGAAAAGCUUCACCCAGAGCUCGGCCCUGACCCAGCAUCACCGCACCCACACGGGCGAGCGCCCCUACCCCUGCCCCCAGUGCGGGAAGUGCUUCACCGAGAGCUCCACCCUGGCCCAGCACCGGCGCGUCCACACCGGCGAACGGCCCUACCGCUGCCACCAAUGCGGCAAGGCCUUCAGCCUCAGCUCCACCCUGAAGAAGCACCAGCGCACCCACACCGGCGAGCGGCCCUACAUGUGCGAGGCAUGCGGGAAGAGCUUCGGGGAGAGCUCCCACCUGGCCAACCACCAGCGCGUCCACACCGGGGAGCGGCCCUACCGGUGCAAGGAGUGCGGCCGGGGCUUCAACCACACCUCCACCCUCUUCAAGCACCAGCGCACCCACACCGGCGAGCGGCCCUACCGCUGCGGGGACUGCGGCAAGGCCUUCAGCUGGACCACGGCCCUCAAGCAGCACCAGCGGAUCCACACGGGCGCCAAGCCGUACCAGUGCGGGGAGUGCGGCAAGACCUUCAGCUGGAGCUCCACCCUCAACCAGCACCGGCAGGUGCACUCUGGGGAAAAGCCCCAUGUCUGCCCCGAGUGCGGCCGCGCCUUCGCCCGCAGCUCCCACCUGGCGCAGCACCGGCUGGUGCACUCCGGGGAGAAGCCAUUCAAAUGCGGGCAGUGCCAGCGGAGCUUCAUCCAGAAUGCCCACCUGGUGUCCCACCGCCGGCUGCACGCUGCCCCCAAACCUUACAAGUGCUCGGUGUGCGAUAAAAGCUUUGGGCAGAGCUCCCACCUCAUCCAACACCAAGUGUCGCAUACGGGCGAAAAGCCUUAUAAAUGUCCCGAGUGUGGCAAAGGCUUCACCUGGAGCUCAGCGCUGGCCCAGCACCGGCGCAUCCACCGCGGCGAGAGACCUUUCGUCUGCCCGGACUGCGGCAAAAGCUUCAGCCAGAGCUCCAACCUGAGCACCCACCGGCGCACCCACACGGGCGAGAAGCCGUUCGUCUGCCCGGACUGCGGGCGCGGCUUCAGCCAGAACUCCAACCUGGCAGCCCACCGGCGCACCCACACCGGCGAGCGCCACUACCGCUGCUACGACUGCGGGCGGGGCUUCCUGGAGCGGGCGGCGCUGGCCGAGCAUCAGCAGGGCCAUGUCGGGCAUCGGCCCUAUACCUGCGGGCAGUGCGGCAAAGCCUUUGGGCAGAGCGCCAAGCUGGCCCAGCACCAGCGCAUCCACACCGGCGAGCGUCCCUUCCGGUGCGAGGAGUGCGGCAAAGGCUUCAAUGAUGGCUCUUACUUAGUCAAGCACCGGCGAGUCCACACCGGCGAAAAGCGCUACCGCUGCCCAGUGUGCGGCAAAACCUUCAGCCAGACCUCUAACCUCAUCACCCACCAGACCACCCAUACCGGAGAAAAGCCUUUCCGGUGUGCGGACUGCGGGCGUAGCUUCAUCCGCCGGGCUCACCUGGCUGCCCACCGGCGCACUCACACCGGCGAGCGGCCGUACCAGUGCACCCAGUGCGGGAGGUGCUUCUCCCAGCGCUCCACCUAUGCCCAGCACCGCCGCACCCACACCGGCGAGCGGCCUUACCGCUGCCCCGACUGCGGCCGGGGAUUCAGCCAGAACUCCAACCUGGCGGCUCACCGGCGCAUCCACACCGGCGAACGGCCCUACCAGUGUGGCCAGUGUGGCCGGCGCUUUGUCCAGAGCUCUGCCUUUACCCAGCACCAGAAGACCCACAAGAAGGGCGGCUGGGCGGGGGCAGGGGGGGGCCCAUCCCCAGCACCGAAAUCCCCCUCCAAAGUGGGGGGGGAGGGGAUUGCAAAGGGAGCCGGGGUGCCGGGGGCUGCGAUGGAGGAGUGGGCUCUGCUGGAUGAGAGGCAGAGGGAGCUCUACCGGGACGUCAUGCAGGAGAACUAUGGGGAUGCCAUUUCACUGGGAUUUCCCGUCCCCAAACCGGCUGUGAUCUCCUGGAUGGAGCGGGAGGAAGAGCCGUGCGUCCCGGAUCUCCAGGGCUCUGAGGAACAGGAGGUUCCAGCAGGUGACGGGACUGCAAGCGACAACGAGGAAGAGGAGGCGGCAGAGCCUCCCCGGCAGCAGGAGGAGCCGCCGGGGCUGGAUGCCCCCAACCGCCCCGACUGGGCCGAAGCCUGCGAGAGCUUGUGCCGGCCCCGGCAGCGGGGGGGCCGCUGGGGCCCGUACGCCCGGCGGCGACGGGUCAGCACCGCCCCCCGGGCCGAACCUCGCUUCUUCGACUGCCCCGACUGCGGGAAACGCUUCACGCUCAGCUCCCACCUCAUCCGGCACCAGCGGGUGCACACCGGCGAGCGCCCCUUCGCCUGUGGGGUGUGCGGGAAGAGCUUCUCGCAGCGCUCGGACCUGGGCCGCCACCAGCGCACCCACACGGGCGAGAAGCUCUACCGCUGUACCCAGUGCCAGAAGAGCUUCAGCGAGAGCUCCCACCUCAUCCGCCACCAGAUCAUCCACUCCGGCGAGAAGCCCUUCAAGUGCAACGUCUGCGGCAAGAGCUAUGGGGACAGCUCCUACUUGGCCGUCCACCAGCGGGCCCACACCGGCGCCCGCCCCUACCGCUGCCCCCUCUGCGGCAAAAGCUUCGGACGCAGCUCCACCCUCAUCCGCCACCAGCGCGUCCACGCGGGCGACGGGACGCCGGCGGAGGGCCAGCCUGCCCUGCCCGUGCCCCCGCCAGCCCCCCGGCCCAAUGCCCGCCAUCUCCGGAUAGUGGGGUGGCAGUGGGGGGUGGAGUGA